AUGGCCUACAACCUUUCAAUAGAAGUCUUCGGCCCCGGUGAAAGCCGCAUACACCGAUCGCACUGGGGGUUCAUGAUCAACAAACCUGGGAACCUCGAAUUCGGCGAUCUCCUUCAAGUCGAGGUCAUCGAUUCAGACAGGCUAUGGUACGGAUUUGCGCCUCGGUACGCGACGAAGAUCAUUGACAAGGCGGCUGUGGGGAUGUGCAAAAUCGCCGAUCUGACCUCUCAACAACGACACGACGCGAUCAGGAUUAUUGAGAAGGAGCCCGCUCCAAAAAACUCAAUUGGACGGUGCCAGGAUUGGGUUUUUGAUGCUUUGCUGGCUUUGGAGAUCGAGGAGCUCGUUCCUUCUGGUACAUCUGCGUUCUGGAAAGACAUGAUUGGUAGACCGGCGCAUGAGGUUGCGGCAGCUUGCGGGACGCAGUGGACUUGCUUUGAUUAA